UAAUGAAACACAGUGUAAUUUGGUUGUGUACUAUUGCUUUAUUCUUUACAAAUGCAAUAAACAUGUAAAUUAAUAAAUCUAUAUAGUAGAUAAGAAGAAUAAGCAUCCUUGUAACCUCAAUAAUAAAAACAAAAAGUUCAACAUUUCAGAUUAAAUGAGAAGGUUGUAAAUGUGAAAGACUCACAAGAUUUCUACAAAUUUGUUGCUUUAAAUCAGAAGAAACUCUUUGAUAAUUAAUUUAUUUAGAAAUCCUCUGCUUCUGAAAACCUUAGAUUACAUAAUUUCAAAAACAUCCAAUAUACAGCAGACCUAGGAAUUGGUUAAGCUGGCAAUGUUUUUAAGGUUGUAUUAGAUACAGGUAGUGCUAAUCUAUGGAUUGAUUCAAACAGAUGCACAGAGCAAGGUUGUAUGAGACAUAAACAAUACAAACAUGAAGAAAGUCAUUCGUUUUUACCAUUGAAUUAAGAAUUAACAGUAGAAUUUGGUAGUGGAGAAUUAAAAGGAGUUGUUAAUUCUGACACUGUUUAUUUUGGAGAUAUCACAUUACCUAGAUAAAACUUAGCUGAAAUCACAAGUGAAAAUGGAAUUAUUUUCAAAAGUCUUGAUUUUGAUGGCAUUCUUGGUUUAGCAUAUCCUUAGAUGGCUCCUAAAAACUUUAAUCCAGUGUUUGAUAAUAUGAUGUAAUAAAAAGCAUUAGAAAAAAAUGAAUUUGCCUUCUAUUUUGCUAAAGACCCAAAUGAUAUUACACAUAGUGAAUUUACUUUGGGUGGAUAUAAUGAAGCUCAUGUUGAUGGAGAUAUUAAUUAUCAUAAUGUUAUUGAUAAAUAUUAUUGGAUGAUCAAAGCUGAUAGUAUUUUAGUAGGAGGUUAAGACAUUGGAUUAUGUGAUGAUGGCUCUUGUAAAUUAAUUGUUGAUACUGGAACCUCCAUUAUGAGUGGACCUAUGGAUGAUAUAGGAACUUUAUUAAGGAAUUUGAAUGUAAAGGAUCAUUGUUCUGAAAUCAAGUCUCUUCCAACAAUUACAUUCAAAAUAGAUGGAAUUGAUUACACUUUAGAACCUGAAGAAUAUGUCAAACCUACAACUAAAGAUAGUUCUGCAUUUGCUGAAAUUAAUAGUUCUGAAGAUUGUAUAUAUUAUUUUAAAUUCUAUAUAGAAUCUAUGGUUGAAGUCAAUAGUUGGGAUUGUAUUGCUUCCUUUAUCCCCUUAGAUAUUCAAGAACCUUAAGGACCUGCUUGGAUUCUUGGAGAUGUCUUCUUAAGGAAAUAUUACAGCAUAUAUGAUAGAGAUAAUGAUAGAGUAGGAUUUGCCAAAGCCAAAUAAUGAU